GCUUUUCUUUUUCAGGUGGAGCUCCAAAAAGGAGACAUCCAAGAGGAUCGAGACCUCCAGGGCUUUUCUGGAGACAGGCCCCACUGGCUGGAGGCAGUGCCCUGGGUAGGCCUGCAUGGACAUCCCCAUCAGCAGCAGAGACUUCCGCUGCCUGCAGCUGGCCUGUGUGGCCCUCGGCCUGUUGGCCGGCAGCAUCAUCAUCGGUGUCUCCGUGUCCAAAGCUGCAGCUGCCGUGGGUGGUAUUUUUAUUGGCGCUGCUGGUCUGGGGCUCCUCAUCUUGGCCUACCCCUUCCUGAAGGCUCGGUUCAACCUGGACCACAUCCUGCCUAUGAUAGGGAGCCUGAGAAUCCACCCCCACCCAGGGCCAGACCAUGGGGAGAGAAGAUCCAGUGCCAAUGGCAAUAAAGAGGGAGCCCGCAGCAGCCUGUCCACCGUGAGCAGGACCUUGGAGAAGCUGAAGCCAGGGGCCUGGGGGGCUGGGGAGGGCUGAGGGGCUGCCCCCACCCUGACCUCCCUUCCUGCCCGCUACCCUGAUCUCAGAACCCUCCUAGGGCCAAACCAGAGGUGAACCAGGCCCUGGAGACGCCAGACCUGCAUUCCUGGGCCAAGGCUAUUGGAAAUGGAUUCCAUGUGGCAGGGUGGGGCCUGAAGCAAGGAGUCCCUGGAGGUCCCCGCCACCUUGGGGGCCUUUGUUUCAGGCUCUUGCCUGGAUUUUCUCUCUGGACUGUAGCUCAGCUUCUUUCCCUUUUUGAUCUACUGACUGAUUUCUCUGGAAUUUGGGGCCCAGGGAUACC